AUGUCGUUCUCGAAGAAGUCUAUGCUCGGACUGUCCCUUCUGGCAGGAUUGGGCCAAGCAUUUGACGAAGUGAGCCCUCUGUUUGGCUAUGGAACUGAUACAAAGGUUCGCGGUGUGAAUCUCGGUGGCUGGCUGGUUCUGGAGCCCUGGAUCACUCCUUCAAUCUUCGAUGCAGCGGGCGAUUCUGCUGUCGACGAGUGGUCUCUCUGCACUAUUCUUGGUGCGGAUGAAUGUCGAUCUGUUCUGUCACAACACUGGAGUAGCUUCAUUACCCAGGAUGAUUUUAACCAGAUCGCUGCCACUGGCAUGAACCAUGUUCGAAUCCCAGUCGGGUACUGGGCUCUGGAGCACCUUGAUGGUGACCCAUAUGUCGAUGGCCAACUGCCAUACCUUGACAGCGCAAUCACUUGGGCCCGAGCCGCUGGCCUCAAGGUUAUGGUUGACCUUCACGGAGCUCCCGGCUCCCAGAAUGGCUUCGAUAACAGUGGAAAGCGUGGCUACAUUGGAUGGCAGCAAGGUGACAAUGUCAAUGACACCAGGUCUGCUCUCCAGGCUCUGGCUAAGCGAUACGCGGGCGAUACCGACGUUGUGACUGCUGUCGAGGCCCUCAAUGAACCCAAUGUUCCUGGUGGCGUCAACCAGGACGGUCUCAAGCAGUACUACUACGACUCCUGGGGUGUCGCACGUGAGGCUAGCCAGGACACCACUGUCGUUCUCCACGAUGGUUUCCAGCCCACAGAAUCAUGGAACGGCUUCAUGAGCGAGUCGACUGGUGUCUGGUAUGUCAUGAUGGAUACUCACCACUAUGAGGUUUUCGACAGCAGCCUUCUUGCCAUGGAUGUUAACGCCCACGCCACCAAUGCCUGCAACUUUGCCAAGCAGCACGUUAUUACCAGUGACAAGUGGACUGUCGUUGGUGAAUGGACUGGUGCCAUGACUGACUGUGCCAAGUAUUUGAAUGGCAAGGGUAUUGGUGCUCGCUAUGAUGGCAGUUACACUAGUAGCUCAGCACUCGGCAGCUGUGAUGGCAAGUCUACCGGAACUGUCGACGGCCUUUCUGAGAGCGACCGUAGCAACCUUCGUCAGUUCAUUGAAGCCCAACUUGAUGCUUUCGAGAAGGGUGCUGGCUGGCUUUACUGGACCUGGAAGACAGAGGGUGCCCCUGAGUGGGAUAUGCAGGCCCAGAUUGCCGGAGGAGUCUUCCCCAACCCUGUCACCAGCCGUCAAUUCCCUGGUCAGUGCCAGUGA